AUGCCACGGAAUACAUACCCCGCCCCUCUAGUCAUUCCCCCGCUAGGUGAAGAGCAUACACACACUGUUAUUUCGCUCCAUGGAAGAGGCAGUAAUGCAAAUCUCUUCGGCCAUGUACUUCUUGCCGAUGCAAGCCUGCAAGCUCGUCUUCCCACAGUGAAAUUCGUCUUCCCGACUGCAAGUAAGCGGCGGGCAACAAGGUUCAAAAAGAUGCCUAUCAACCAGUGGUUUGACAACUACUCAAUUGAUGACCCUGGAGAAAGAACAGAUCUGCAAGUCGAAGGGCUCUGUGAGACCGCUGAAUUGAUUUGUGACUUAAUCAGCCAAGAGGUUCACAUCUUGGGCGCGGGCAGCCAUAAAAAAAUCAUCUUAUGGGGGCUAAGUCAAGGUUGUGCUGCGGGUAUCUUCACUCUGCUAGGCGGCUGGCUCGACGCCAGUAAAAUAAGAACGAUCGGAGCAUUCGUUGGGAUGAGUGGAUGGCUGCCCUUUGAGCAGCAACUGCAAGAAAUUCUCCGAUGCGGCGAAAUUCCUACGUCGGCUAGAGACAACCAGGAGGCUCAGACUGAUGAGAACUCAGACUCAGACUCAGAAAAUGAAGAAGCAGCUAUGCAGCGGCCCAACAGCGACGAAGAACUAGACACAGAUGCGUUCUCGGAACUUGAUUUGGAUGACGACCCGUUCAAAAGAAGCAGCUCUGCGCAUGAUGAUUUCGAUCCCAUUGCUGACGACGAGGAAGAAGCUUCACUGCUUGACCACGCUAUCAACCACAUCCGAGAUAUUCUUGAUCUCCCAAUGAUCUCAUCAAAUGAUCAUUCACCAGAGGAAUCGCAACCACAGUCAGGUUUCCAUCAUCUACAAACGCCGGUUUUUCUUGGCCACGGUUCUGAAGACCUAAAGGUUUCCGUGGAACUCGGGAGAAAGAUGUCUCAUGUUCUUUCGGCCGGUUUGGGGAUGGAUGUGACUUGGAAGGCCUAUGAGGGACUAGGACAUUGGUAUCGUGUGGAUGAUGAGAUUGAGGAUAUCUUGAGAUUUCUUCAGGAUAGGGUUGACCUGCCAGUAAAACAAGUGCCAUCCCAAGACCGACGCGAGGAAAAGGGUAAAGACCAAUAA